UUGGACCGUGACAUAGCUAUAUAAAUACAAAAUUUUGUUGCAUUUUACAAACCCUAACAAACGUUCAACACAUUGGCUGCGGCGUUGAUAGGAAAUGGGGCAUUCAAAUGUGUGGAACUCUCAUCCUAAGACCUACGGCCCUGGAUCCCGCACCUGUCGUGUGUGCGGGAAUUCCCAUGGCUUGAUCAGGAAAUACGGUCUUAUGUGCUGCAGACAGUGCUUCCACAGCAAUGCCAAAGAAAUCGGUUUCAUUAAGUACCGCUAAGGAGUUUGGAAGGGUGUGUACCAAUGGCCAAUGGAAAGCUUGUUUUGGUGUUUUUUUAAUUAUAGUAUCUAAUUGUACCUUUAGUUUAUUUUUCUUGGGAUAACAAUGAAUUGAGUGAACUUGGUUUCUUGUUGCAUCUUUGGUGUUAAGUUUAAUCUUUUUAAGAAAAUCAAAGACCAAUUGUGAUGUUAAA